UGUGUGUGUGCGUGUGUGCGUUUGAAGAUCCCCCAACCAGAACGAGGAACCCGUCUGUUGCUGUCGUUAACUGGAUCCAAGGGAGUGGAUAUAAUGACAAAGCCGGAGUUGAUGCAUUGGUAAUUCCACUCAAAGACAUAUACACAGGAACAGCAUGGAGUUUGUGCGCAAAAUGCGUUCACGCAUGGAAACCAAAAGACUGCCCGAGGAUGUCGACGAUGGACUGGAGACCCUGGAGGAGUACACGCAGCGCUGGCGCUCCGUGCGCAUCAUCUACUUUACAAUGUUUCUAAUGGCGCUGGGCUUUAGCAUUAUCAUCACGGGGAUAUGGCCCUUCCUCGACAAGCUAGAUCCCGAUGCGGGCAAGGAGUUCAUGGGUCUGAUUGUCGCCGCCAAUCCGUUAGGGCAGAUGAUCUUCAGUCCCAUAUUCGGCUGGUGGGGCAACAAGCUGGGCACCAUUCGUCUCCCGCUGCUCCUCUCGCUGGCCCUGUUCACAGUAGCCAGCGGCAUGUACUCCUCAUUGGAGCUGCGUCCCCCUAAUGUCAAGUACUGGAUGUUGGCGUCUAGAUUUCUGAUUGGAGUCAGCUCAGCGAACAUUGCCCUGUGCAGAUCCUAUCUAUCGGCCGCCACGCGGAUCAGCGAACGCACCCAUGCCGUCUCUAUGGUUUCACUGGCCCAGGUCUUAGGGUUCAUCAUCGGCCCGACACUCCAAGCGGCAGUCACACCACUGGGCGCAAUAGGUCAUGUCUGGCUGUGGGGCAAGAUGCACUUUAACAUGUUCACCGGCGCCGGCUGGAUCAAUGUGCUCAUGAGUAUGUGCAACUUCCUGAUGUUCCUGCCCGGGGUAUUCGAGGAGCACAAAAUAGCCGCUCGCGAGGUAAUGGUCAUGCAGGGUGGCACCUCGGAGCGAGAUACGUGGAAGGGCAUCAAGCCGAAUUAUUUCUCCGCCUGGACCCUGAUUGUGGCCUUCUUUGUGCUCGUCUUCAACUUUGUGCUCCUCGAGACCUUGGGCACAUCGUUGACGAUGGAUAUGUUCGCUUGGUCAAAUGAGCAGGCGCUCUGGAACAUGGGCAUUAUGAUGACAACGGCGGCUAUAGUUUCGCUGGUGACAUUCGUGAUGAUCGAGCCGAUGUGCAAGCUGUUUGCCGAACGCUACGUGCUUAUCUGGGGCGGCUUCUCGCUGAUGGUACUGGGCCGGGUGCUCUUCCUGCCAUGGGGACCCGACCCGCCCAAGGUGGCGUUGGCCUUUAAUGCUAGCCUCAAUCUUAGCUCCAGCGAUCCCGCCUAUUUAGGCUGCCCACCCACGCAGGAGUGGUGUGGUGUGAUCCCAGCCGUCACCCUGACGCAAUUCAUCAUUGGGUUCGCCCUCACCUCCGUGGGCUAUCCAAUUGGCGUGACCCUCAUACAGACGAUCUUCUCCAAGGUGCUUGGGCCGCGGCCGCAAGGCGUGUGGAUGGGCUGGAUGACGGGAUCGGGAUGCUUGUCCCGCGUCUUGGGUCCCGUCUUUGUUGGUUCCAUUUACACCAGAUUGGGCACCUACUGGACCUUUGGGGUUACAUCGUUUAUGAUGCUCGUCGCAAUGAUUGCGCUGCAGUGCUGCAAUCGCCUGCUCAUCCCGCCCACAUUUGACAAGCCAGCACCUGUGGAGCUGCAAGAACUGAAUAAGCCGAAUGGCAGACAAAUAGAAGACAACUCACCGGAUGAAUCGCUCAUUUCCGAAAAGCAUACCGAUCCCACUUAACCACAGAUCCAGCUGCCUUGCGUAGCUGUAGUUUUAUGUUGCAAUACUGCCUUUAGAAUAUCGUCCUCAGAGAUACUAGAAUCUACUACAACCCUCGCCCCUAAAUGGUAGAUUGAAACCAAUAUAUCCGUAUAUUUUUGCAUA